UGCGGCGAGACGCGCACAGACGAAAAGAGCCCUCGUUCAUGAGCUAAACCACAGUGUGUUUGUUGACAAAUUUCUCGUUUUGUCUGCAGCUCAGUUCUCAAUUUCGGCUCCACCGCGGCCACUGCCCACCUGGAGACCACAGGCCACGCCCACGGGUCGUGACGCCACACUCCCCACAACGACAUCAGCAGUUGAUAGGAGCAGGUUUCAGUGUCCUACAGAAAUCAUCUGUCUGGUAUACAGUGAAACUAUUCACACAGCUUAGUUGCACUGGUUGUAGGGCUGUUGUUUAGCAGUCAGUAUGGCGGUAGUCAUCAGGCUGCAGGGUCUGCCCAUAGUGGCUGGCACCAUGGACAUCAGACACUUCUUCUCUGGCCUCACCAUCCCUGACGGGGGAGUGCACAUCGUGGGGGGUGAGCAUGGCGAGGCCUUCAUCGUCUUCGCCACUGACGAGGAUGCUCGGCUGGGGAUGAUGCGAACAGGCGGGUCUAUUAAGGGCUCCAAAGUGUCACUGUUGCUUAGCAGUAAGACAGAAAUGCAAAACAUGAUUGAACUCAGCCGUCGCAGGUUUGAGGCUGGCACCGGUUCUGUUGAGGCGGCUGCACCUACGGCAGGAAAUGCUAAUCGACAAGCGGGCGCCGCCCCCAUACCGACUGUGCAGCAAGGGGCAGGGGGGAGAAGUGGCAGCCAUGGAAAUCAGGGUUUCAGUAACACCUCAGCCUCAGUGACAGCAGCAAGCUCAACUCAGGAGCCACCGAGCAACAAGACAGCAGCCAGCUUGGCCAGUGUGGUACCCUGUUUCCCCAACAGCUACAGCUCCGCACCCACAAUCACCACAGCUCUGGCAUCGCUCAAUGCAGGCCCUCCACCCAUCCCUCCACUUCCCAACAUGCCUUCCAUGCCCCCCAUGCCCACACUGCCCACCAUUCCAGUCCCCCCUCCAGUGUCCUCCCUUCCCCCUGUCCCUACUGUCUCACCUUUGUCCCAGGGACCUCCUGUGCCUCCUAUGUCCCACCUCCCCCACAUGUCCUCCCUGCCUCCCUUCAAUCCCUCUCUACCUCCCCCAGCAGGACUGGGCUCCGGCCUCCCCCUUGGAACCCCCAACCCCAUGCUGUUUAAUCCUCUCUCCCCCCUGGCCUCUCUUGGCCUGCAGGCCCAUAUGAAGGCUGCUGCGGCUGCAGCCACCGGAGUGGGUGCCAAUCCUGAUGAAUUGUUUGUCCUCCUGCAGAACCUCCCAUUCUCUUGCACAGAGGUGGAGGUCAGGGAAUUUUUUCGGGGUCUGGGAGUGGAUGGGGUUCGCCUGCUGAGGGAUGGGCAGGGUCGGCCAACUGGCAGGGCUAUGGUCAAGUUCUUCUCGCCCCAGGAUAGCUUUGAAGCUGUGAAGCGAGGAGGCGGUAUGAUGGGCCAAAGGUUCAUUGAGAUCACACCAUCCUCUGAGCGGCAGUGGACCAGCCUCAGUGACAGCGCCACAAGCCAUAACCCUCACAAUAGCAACAAAUCAAAUAACAGCAACGAAUCACAGGACCAGCAGCACCGCCGUGGCAAUGCUGGAUCAGGAGUCAGGGAUCAGCGAGGAAGGUCACGAUCUCCCCACCGGCAGGAGUUCUGUGUCUACCUAAAGGGACUUCCCUACGAGGCCGACAAGAAACAGAUUAAGGAGUUCUUUAAGAAUUUGGCAAUCGUGGAGGACAGCAUCUACAUUGCCUAUGGGCCCAACGGGCGAGCCACAGGAGAGGGCUUCCUUGAGUUCAAAACAGAACAGGACUAUAAAACUGCUCUGGGUGCUCACAUGCAAUACAUGGGCACCCGCUUCAUCCAGGUCCACCCAAUCAGUCGGAAAGGAAUGCUAGAAAAGAUUGAUGCCAUCCGCAAACGUGAAGCAGCACAAGGUGAUGGCAAGAACCAGGAUGGCUUGAAAGCUGCCAGGAACUGUGCCCACAUCACCAACAUCCCUUACAACGUCUCCAAGAAGGAUGUCCGUGCCUUCCUGGAGGGUGUGGGGCUUUAUGAGGACACUCUGAAGGUUCUGACAGAUAGUCACGGCAAUGGUUUAGGCCAAGCUAUCUUCCAGCUGCGGACUGAAGAAGAUGCCCGCAAAGCAGAAAGACUGCACCGUCAAAAACUCAAUGGUCGUGAUGCCUUUGUCCACCUGGUGACCUUUGACCAGAUGAAGGAAAUUGAGAGGAAUCCUCCUCCCCAGAACAAGAGGGGUCAACGAAACCAGAACCAGCAGAACCAGAAUCAGCACCAGCAAACCCAGCCCAAUCCCCAGCAGCCCCAAAUCAAUCCAUUUGGUGGGAUUAGUGGAGAGGAAUUUAAUUUUCUGAGAAACACUAUGGGGAACCUAAACAGUGCCCCCUUUGUGACUCCAUUCUCAGCCCCAGGGAAUGGGCUGGCAGGCCCUCCUCCUCUGCCUCCUCUGGCAGCAGGGCUGGGGGAUGUUAAUCUGGGUGUAGCUCCACCACUAGUUGCCGGUCUUCCUGGAGCUCCAAUCCUGGAACCACCAGGGUUUCGGCCUGGAGCUGGGGGAGGAGCUCCGUUCGGUCAGGAUGGGCUGAGAGGCUUAGUACCCUUUGACAAUGCCAACAGAAAAGGAGGUGGAGGAGGACAACAGAACCGAGGUGGAGGGGCUAACAACAACCAAGGACGUCCAGGGGGUGGGGCUGCUGGUGGACAGCAGGUAUUCACUCCAGGAGCUGACGGUCUCCGUAGCCAGCCGACUCCUGGAGCAUCUAACAAUCCCAACAGUCAACGUGUUGCCGUUGGGCCGACAAUUGUAAAACUCCAGAACAUGCCGUUCACUGUAACCGUGGACGAGAUCAUGGACUUUUUCUACGGCUACCAGGUGCUGCCAGGCUCAGUCUGCCUGCAGUUCAGUGAAAAAGGUCUGCCAACUGGCGAGGCCAUGGUGGCCUUCCAGAACCACGAGGAGGCCGCUGCCGCUGUCAUGGACCUCAAUGACCGACCUAUUGGAGCCCGGAAGGUCAAGAUAAGCCUGGGUUAAAGCCCUGCCCAAAACAGACUGACUGUACAUAAAAGAUGUUACACCUACGUGGAUCAACAAUCCAGGUGAAAACCAGCAUAAACCAUACCUGAUUCUGGACUCAAAACUUAACUUUCAUGUGUUUAGACCAUGCCCUGUUCCCCAGCUGUCAGUCACUACUGGUGCUCAUCCCUAUGUGUAGAUAAUGGCAGGUAAGCCACGCCCCCUGCAGUCUGUCCAGUAGGAGGACUCUGAUCCAGACUUUGUUCUUUCCUGCAGCUUCUCCACUGACUCUGGUAGCACAAACUGAUGAUGAUGAUGGUAGGAUGGUCUCUUUUUGCCCUGUUUCCAUGACAGUACAGCUUUUUGUCAAAUCGUGUUGCUAUGGUAACACGAUGACUAUAAUGAGGCAUUGUUGCUGUAUGCGCUUAAAUAUGCUGUGCUGCUGUGGUUUAAAAAUGACAUGCUCUGUUGCUAUGGUAAAAUGAGGAAAAGCCACAGUAUGUUGCCAUGAUGAAAUGUUUAUGCUCUGUUGCUAUGGUAAAAUCUUUACAUGCUCUGUUGCUAAAAUCUGUUGCUUUGGUAAAACAUGCUUUAGAUGAACAGCUUUUCUACCAGUGAAAUGUUGCUGCUCUGUUGCAAUGGUAAAGUCUUCACAUUCUCUGUUGCUAUGGUAAAAUUGUGAUAUAAAGCUGUGUUGCUAUGAUCAAAUGUUUAUGCUCUUGGUAUGGUGAAAUGCUGACAUGCCCUGUUGCUAUGGUAAAAAUUAUACUGACAUCAAGCUCUGUUGCCAUUGUCAAAAGCUGGCACUCCGUUGCUAUGGUAACAAGAUGAUACAGUUCUGUGCUGCAACAGUGCUCUGUGGAUGGGGUGAUGGACAGAUUGCUGACUCGUGUUUUAUUUUGUAAAUAAUGGCUUGGGGCUGCUGAAUCCUUUUCUUCUGUCACUUUUCUCUGAUGUUGCUGUGUUUCAACAAUGCCACCACCAACCCCCCCCCCCCCCCCCCCCCCCUCCCAACCCUCUUUCAACAGCACAUGCUCAGUAGGUGUUUGGACUGUAGAGCGUUGAGAUGAAGUUUAGCAUUUUUAGUUUGGUAGAUUUUUGUUGUAUGUAUGUUUGAUGAUGUUUCCACCCUAAAGCUCAUUUUUGUUUCUAUUAUCAGUGUGAACAAACUUGUAUGAUCGUAUAACCAUACAUGAUUUGGAGUCUCCUUUGCUUUGGCUAAUAAAAGGACAUUCCUGAUG